AAAAAUGAGCACACCAACAAAUAAAAUGACAAAUGAACAUCAGGAACAAAUGAUAUCUUCUUGUAACAACAACAACAACAACAGCAACUACAGUGGUCCUACAUCGAAAAGAACCCAAAAGCGAAAGCUUUUCUUGUACAUUCCAAAACUGAUAGAAUCGGGUAGUUUUUCAAAACAAAAAAUGAGUUCAAACUUCGACAAAAUAACCGAGGAACGCUCAAAGAAAUUUCCGCAGUCUCCCCAUCAACCGACAACGAACGCGUCAACCAUUAAAUCUAUUAACACCAGUGCUACGAUUGUCGACAUGUCGGGUGCCCUAAUGGACAAUAAAACAAUAAAUGUAGCGGCUAAUAGCUUGUUAAAUCUAAAUAAAAGAAUUGCUCCAAUCCCCCCGGUGAAAACGCCGCCGCUGCUAACGCCUUUAUCGCCAGUGCAAAAAGUGCUGACAAUGCCAACCACGAUCUACGAAGAAGAAAUUGAAAAAUCGGGAAAAAGUCGCGCUACAAUAACCGGCGGUAGUUGCAAAGGGCAUCAGGACGACGACGCCCUCGAAAGCAUUUCCGAAUCGCAGGUUUUGGUUACCCCCGACGAACAAUCGACACCCCGGUUUCUGGUCCUUCCGCCCACCGGAAGUGUGUUGACAUUAAACAAAGUUUCUCAGGACAGUGUCCGAAAUCGUAUAAGACUUGGAAACCGCCGAAUUCGCAGACGAGCGAUCUUUAAAAAUGGCGACUGCAACAUAAUCCAAUCCAAACCUGCCAAAGACCGGAUAAGAUUCAUCCAAGACUUCUUCACAACUUUGGUAGAUACUCAAUGGCGGUGGACGUUGUUGUGCUUUGCUCUGAGUUUCUUCGUUUCGUGGUUAAUAUUCGCUCUCAUAUGGUGGCUCAUAGCGUUUUGCCACGGGGAUUUAGAACCGGAACACCUUCCUGACAAACAGGGAGAAUCGAAUUGGACACCCUGCGUUGUCAACAUAUGGGGCUUCACGUCCUGUUACCUUUUCAGUAUUGAAACGCAACAUACCAUUGGUUACGGUUCCAGAUCGACAACGGAGGAAUGUCCAGAAGCUGUGUUCAUCAUGUCUAUGCAAAGUAUUCUUGGCGUUAUCAUCCAGGCUCUCAUGGUCGGCAUUGUUUUUGCCAAAAUGUCCAGGCCGAAACAUCGUACUCAAACUUUACUGUUCUCCAAAAAUGCCGUCGUAUGUCAGAGAGACAACAAGCUUUGUCUCAUGUUCAGAGUAGGAGACAUGGCCAAGAGUCAUAUAAUUGGGGCCAGCAUCAAGGCCAGACUUAUAAGAUCAAAAUCGACAACGGAAGGAGAGAUUCUCAAUUACUAUCAGGAAGAAUUAGAAAUUAGCGCAGAUGGGUGUGCUGGUGACCUCUUCUUUAUAUGGCCGAUGACCAUUGUUCACGUUAUCGACGAGAACUCUCCACUUUAUCAUCUCACCGCGAGAGAUAUGUUGCAAGAAAGGUUUGAAAUCGUUGUGAUACUAGAAGGGACCAUCGAAAGUACCGGUCAGAGUACCCAGGCCAGGUCGAGUUACAUUAACAGCGAAAUCCUCUGGGGACAUCGUUUUGAAACGGUCGUGUUUUAUAAUAAGGAGAAACAGGGAUACGAGGUGGAUUUGUCGAAAUUUAAUAACACCAUUGCAGUGGAUACACCACUAUGUUCGGGGGCGGAACUUGAAAGUUUCUACAAAACGCAGGAGAAAGGUUCUAUAAGCCAGCCGUGUUCACCCCAGUUUAAACAAAAUCAAUUAAUGAAGUUCCUGUACCCCCCCACACCACCUUAUUCGCCGGAUUCAGGAAUAUUUAAUAGUCCCAUCACGGAAAGGCAACGUGCCAGGAAUAUUAAUAGACAAUUGAGUGCAGAGAGGGAGAGAACGAAUAUGUUAUACUCAGUCGAAAAUUGUCCUAGACUUUUGCCAAAUGGUAAAGGGUACAUCGACUCAGACGUAGACGAUGAGGAUCACUUACUUAAAGACUGCAGUAAAAUCUAAUGUAAUGUAAUCUAAUUUUGUAAAAAUAUGUCAUUCUUGUUAAUUAAGUAUUUAUCUAACAAUUAAAUUAAUUGUUCUGUUGUUAAAUCGGAAUUAAAAUCUCGAAUCUAAC